AUGCGGUACUUCCCAUCGUCCGUCGCGCUUCGGGAGUCCCCCACUACUGCCACCAGGCUCACGGCACGCCCUCGUCUUCCACUCCCUCGUUCUGUAUACUUGCGAGGAUCUAGAUCUCGUUAUUCAACUGAAACAGUUCCCGUCCCGCCGCAUCCUCAACAACCUCAACAACCCCAACAACCUCGUUCCCGCUUACGCCGUUUCGUCGGAUUCACUUCUAUCGCAUUUUUCGCUUUUACUGCCGGCUUGUUCUAUCAGACUAUACAAACCACUUCUCGAAUCAUGGCCGCCCCCAUGCCUUCUGAUGAGGAAACCCUCACCAGCUUCGUCGCUCCCGAUGCACUUUCGCAGGAGAUCGAAGAUUUCAUCCACAACCACCCCCUUUCCGUCUCUCUGCGCGAGAACCCUGAGUUUACAGAGUCGCGCCCACAUUUGAAGAUUCCCGAGUACAUGCGCGCGCGCAAUCUCACUGCCGGGACCCUCGCGGGACCGAACAAGAUCGUUGUGCCACCGGUUAUCUUCAGCGAAAAAGAUGGUAAGAGCAUGACUUCGCUCCUCUAUCUCGGUUCCGAUCUCUCAGGACACCCCGGUAUUGUUCACGGUGGUCUCUUGGCGACUUUGUUGGAUGAGGGUCUUGCGCGGUGCUGUUUCCCCGCUCUCCCGAACAAGGUUGGCGUGACUGCGAACCUGAACAUUGAUUAUCGACUGCCCGCAAUGGCCAACUCCUACGUUAUUAUGAAGGCGGAGACGGUCAAGGUGGAAGGUCGUAAAGCGUGGGUGGAGGGCCGCCUUGAGACCCUGCCCAAGGAUGGACAAGAGCCAGCGGUUUUGGUGGAGGCCAAGGCGCUCUUCAUUGAGCCCAGGCAAGCUGUUGUAUGUUCUCCCUAG